GGUAGAGGUUGCAGUGAGAUGAAGGAGUGAGACUCUGUCUCAAAAAAUAAAUAAAUAAAUAAAUAAAUAACUUGGGCGAUGUUCCUAUUGCCAAGCGGCAGAGAUUCCUGUUUCCUCUCACACUACAAUUGCCUACAUGGCCUUCUUAAACCCAGCCUCUUCUCCUCCACAGACUGCCAGGUGCCACCCCAGUGCCUUUACUUGUGCAGUAGGCAGAGCUGGGCCAUGAAAACUUGGUUUGCUAAGAAGGCCAUUUUGGACUCUCCACUGGAGGCUGCUAUGGCAUUCCCUCACCUGCAGCAGCCCAGCUUUCUACUGGCUAGCCUGAAAGCUGACUCUAUAAAUAAGCCCUUUCCACAGCGGUGCCAAGACUUGGUUAAAGUCAUUGAGGAUUUUCCAGCAAAGGAGCUGCACACCAUCUUCCCAUGGCUGGUAGAGAACAUUUUUGGCAGCUUAGAUGGUGUCCUCCUUGGCUGGAACCUCCGCUGCUUACAGGGGCGUGUGAGUCCUGUGGAAUACAGCAUCGCGAUGGAAUUUCUUGACCCUGGUGGCCCAAUGAUGAAGUUGGUUUAUAAGCUUCAAGCUGAAGACUAUAAGUUUGACUUUCCAGUCUCCUACCUGCCUGGUCCUGUGAAGGCAUCCAUCCAGGAGUGCGUCCUCCCUGACAGUCCUCUGUACCACAACAAAGUCCAGUUCACCCCUGCUGGAGGCCUUGGCCUCAACCUGGCCCUGAAUCCGUUCGAGUAUUACAUAUUCUUCUUUGCCUUGAGCCUCAUCACUCAGAAGCCACUCCCUGUGUCCCUCCACGUCCGUACUUCAGACUGUGCCUAUUUCAUCCUGGUGGACAGGUACCUGUCAUGGUUCCUGCCCACCGAAGGCAGUGUGCCCCCACCACUCUCCUCCAGCCCAGGGGGGGCCAGCCCCUCACCACCUCCCAGGACACCAGCCAUGCCCUUUGCUUCCUAUGGCCUCCACCAUACUAGCCUCCUGAAGCGACACAUCUCUCAUCAGACGUCUGUGAAUGCAGACCCAGCCUCCCAUGAAAUCUGGAGAUCAGAAACUCUGCUCCAGGUUUUUGUUGAAAUGUGGCUUCACCACUAUUCUUUGGAGAUGUACCAAAAAAUGCAGUCCCCUCACGCCAAGCUGGAGGUUCUGCACUACCGACUCAGUGUCUCCAGCGCCCUCUACAGCCCCGCCCAACCCAGCCUCCAGGCCCUCCACGCCUACCAAGAGUCAUUCACACCCACUGAGGAGCAUGUGCUGGUGGUGCGCUUGCUGUUGAAACACCUGCACGCCUUUGCCAACAGCUUGAAGCCAGAGCAGGCCUCGCCCUCUGCCCACUCUCAUGCCACCAGCCCCCUGGAGGAGUUCAAACGGGCCGCUGUCCCAAGGUUCGUCCAGCAGAAACUCUACCUCUUCCUGCAGCAUUGCUUUGGCCACUGGCCCCUGGAUGCAUCAUUCAGAGCUGUCCUGGAGAUGUGGCUGAGCUACCUGCAGCCGUGGCGGUAUGCGCCUGACAAGCAGCCUCCGGGCAGCGACUCCCAGCCCCGGUGUGUGUCGGAGAAAUGGGCACCCUUUGUCCAGGAGAACCUGCUGAUGUACACCAAGCUGUUCGUGGGCUUCCUGAACCGCGCGCUCCGCACAGACCUGGUCAGCCCCAAGCAUGCACUCAUGGUGUUCCGAGUGGCUAAAGUCUUUGCCCAGCCCAACCUGGCUGAGAUGAUCCAGAAAGGUGAGCAGCUGUUCCUGGAGCCAGAGCUGGUUAUCCCCCACCGCCAGCACCGACUCUUCACGGCCCCCACAUUCACUGGCAGCUUCCUGUCACCGUGGCCACCAGCAGUCACUGAUGCCUCCUUCAAGGUGAAGAGCCACGUUUACAGCCUGGAGGGCCAGGACUGCAAGUACACCCCAAUGUUCGGGCCCGAGGCCCGCACCCUGGUCCUGCGCCUCGCUCAGCUCAUCACGCAGGCCAAGCACACGGCCAAGUCCAUCUCAGAUCAGUGUGUGGAGAGCCCAGCUGGCUACUCCUUCCUGUCGUGGCUGGGCUUUGGCCCCACAGACACCAAUGGCUCCUACCCAGCCAAUGACCUGGAUGAGAUGGGGCAGGACAGCGUCCGGAAGACGGACGAAUACCUGGAGAAGGCCCUGGAGUACCUGCGUCAGAUAUUCAGGCUCAGCGAUGCGCAGCUCCGGCAGUUCACACUCGCCUUGGGCACCACGCAGGAUGAGAAUGGAAAGAAGCAGCUGCCUGACUGCAUCGUGGGUGAGGACGGACUCAUCCUCACGCCCCUGGGCCGGUACCAGAUCAUCAACGGGCUGCGCAGGUUUGAAAUUGAGUACCAGGGAGACCCGGAGCUGCAGCCCAUCCGGAGCUAUGAGAUCGCCAGCUUGGUCCGUGCACUCUUCAGGCUGUCGUCUGCCAUCAACCACAGAGUUUCUUGGGGGUGUUUCCUGCAGCCACAGAGGCAUCUGGAGGAAACAGAACUGAGAAGGGAGGGCAGGCAGGGUGAAGCAAAGAAGCAGCAGCUACUGGGCUCAACAGCCAUGCUCUGUGGCAGACGGCACAGAGCUCAGCGCCGGCUCCUCCCUCCCUCCACCAAGGACUCAUCGCCAAGCCAGCUCUCAGGAACUUUUUUCCAGUGUCCAUUUGGGUACUCUGCUGCAUCAAGCUCAGGAGCCAGUGUGCCAGCAGCCACUCAGGCUUGGCUUGCCCACUGGCUGGCCUUGAGGUGGGCAGAGUGGGUUGUGGUGCCUCUUCUUCCUGUGUGGGACCAGUAUGGUGGCUCAGCCUCCACUCCAGGGAAGAAUCAAAGUUUCUAAAAGAGCUCUGAAAACACUAGAGAGUGGUUCUCUGCUUACACAUCAGAUGCAAAAAAAGAGAGAGUGGCUCUCUGAUUCUUCACUGUGAGUGAGGGGCAUUCUUCAUGUUCUCCUAGCUGUUCCAAGACUGGCCCAUAGAAUUUCAUGUUUCAGGAGCCUGAGAUUCUCCCGAGCCCGGGUGCUUCACUGCAGACCGCAGUCCAUCGAGCACAUCACCCAGAGCAGCAGCCAGCCCGUGCCUUGUCACAGACGGGUGCUGGUCCUCAGGUGCUGGGGACACUGCUGGGUUGAUGGGGUCAAAUCCUGCCAGUUUCUGCUCUGCAGCCAAAGAUGAUCAGAAGCAUCGCAGCUUCACUAACAUCAAGUACUCAAAGACACAGCAACCGUUUAAUGAUACUUAAGUAUUUAAAACUACAGAUUCUCUGACAGAAACCAGCAUGGGGUCUCCCACACCUUCAUUCCCCACAGACACGCCAGGGAGAACAGCAUCUUGGUGGUGAUUUUCAAACCAAGCCUUUGUUUUUGGUGUGGGGUGGUGGGGGUUUGCUUUAAUGUUUUUCAAACUGUAAAUCUUGGGCUUUGUAUUUUGAUGUAAACUCAGAAUAAUGGCAUUUUAGGACUUGUGACCAAAAAUCAAACCAAGCUUGUAACUCGAUCUGAAUAAACUUGUCCUUGCUUCUGA